AUGCACAAGAACUUUGACUUUCGCGUAGGAUUUAUCCAUCAAGGUGUUGCUUCCCAUGUCGAGGAGAUUGGCAUACCUGAAGAUCUGGGCGCACACGAUGCUGAGAAAGAUAUUGCUAUACCUCGCGUGUCAUGUUUUAUUGUGCUUGUAACACAAGUCGUACUCCACCAUAUCAAUCGCCUGCCAACCCUGUUCAAGCACGCCGUAUGGGAAACUGUUGACGAUAUCAUCGAUGAGGAUGCCGAAAUUCCAGAGAUCCUUUUGGUUAUUGUUGCCGACUGCAUAGAGAAAGCGGUAGCAGAAAUCAACUACAACCAAUUGAAGAGUGAAGUGGUCUUAAAUCGGUUAUGGAAUGGCAUCAAGUCCGCUUAUGGGGAGAAAUACGCGCCAAGUGAUAUUGAGAUUUUCGACAGCUUCUACGAAUUUGAGGAUGAUCCCGACGAUGCAGAAUAG